GGGGAGGGAAACUACAGUCCCCAGGAUGCUUUGGGUUUGACGCAUGCAUUGACUGCGCAUCGGUGGCGGGGCUGUGGACGGGGAGGCUGGAGAGGUUGCGGUUUAUGUGGAAGUAACGUUAUUUUUAUUUUGUGUCACGUUUAUGUGUGUUCAUGGUGAGGUAGAGUGGUGGGAACGAGCCCUGCACCGGGAUGGAAGACGAUAAAACGUUGAAUAUGAAGGACUUGGUAGACCGGCUGACGUUAGGUGUAACCAGGAUACUGGAAAGUCAACCUGGUGUGACAGAAGUUAGAUUUGUAGAAAAAGAGCCAGCAGAGCGUCAUAUGAUUGUCUCAUGGGAACAGAAGAACUGCUGUUCACUCCCAGAGGAUCUGAGGAACUUUUAUCUAAUGACUGAUGGUUUUUUGAUGACCUGGAGUAUCAAGUUUGAUGGCAGUAACAUGCAAUUGGGAACAAUGGUAAUCAACAGCAUUUCAACACUCUGUCGACUGGGCACAACAUCCUUUUACAGUUUGCCAAAUGCACCCACCUUAGCUGAUCUAGAAAGUGAUACAGAUGAUGAAGAUAAAGAAGAACCUUACAAGAAACCCCGUUUUAAUUCACAGUGUCGAAUUUUUGAGUUGGACUGUUGUAAUGGAAAUGGGAAAGUUUGCCUGGUUUACAAAAACAUCCAAUCAGGAGUUGUAUCUUCUUGUGCUGAAAUCUGGUUCUUGGAUAGAGCACUUUAUUGGCAUUUUUUAACUGAUACAUUCACAGCCUACUAUCGACUUAUGCUCAUUCACUUGGGACUACCCCAGUGGCAGUAUGCAUUAACAAAAUAUGGUAUUAGUCCUCAGGCCAAGCAAUGGUUCAAUAUGUACAAACCUGUUACCUACAAUCCCAAUAUUGUAGCAGAUGACGAUGUGGCUUUCAUUAAUAAGCUGGAUCCUAACCAAGUCUUUAAGAACAAAAGUAAACUUCAGCCCACAAAGAAAAAGUCUUGUGUACAGCUAGCUGGACCUCAGAAGAGUCAGACCAGUGUGGUCACUAACAAGAACGUAUCUCAAAUGGCAAGUACUACAAAAAAAUGAUUCCUUAACUUUUAUGCUGACAUCUGGAGUAAUUCGGAUGCAAUCAUUUUCUUCUGUUUUGUCACGUGAGCUGUUCUGCUUAUGCUGCUGUCACAAAGAGGUAAGAUCAACUAGGUGAAGAUAAAGAAUAUAAUAUUAAUCCGGCUUCCUGCAAGUACAGAAAAGGUGGUGUAUGAAUGUUGUUAACAUGAAUGUACAUCAUGAUGCAAAUGCAUGAUUUGCAAACAUUACCAAAAAUACAUGAGGAUGAAGGCUCUCACUGGAACAGUACUAGUGUAAAUAAUUACCAGCCCACAGUUCUUUUAAGUUUGUUCACAUUUUACACCCAAGUUUCAAAUCUAAAUGAAGUAUGUUAUGUAAAUAAAAUCUGUGGUAUUAUCUAUUUUUGUUAUCCUCAAUCAGAUUUCAGUUGUUUCUGAAGCAGCACGUUAUUUUAAUAAUACAAUAAAUAAUCCAGUGCAAGAUUACUGAUUUCAUCCCAGAAUGCGUGUAAUUGAUAGCCAGAAAUAAUUUUUGUAUGGAGAUUAUUUAUUGGAAGUUUGCCCCUCCAUAUUUCCAUUCAUUCCCACUGAAAGUAGAAAUAACCUGGGUUUCACAGAUGUGCCCACAGUUAAAUCUUUUUAUGGGACAACAGCCUUAGACCAUCUGAAGGAUAAUCUUUCAGUUAAAAUAUGUUUUUAAUCUGAACAAAAGGUAUGUUUAUAAGAACACCGAGCAGUAGUUACCUUUACGUCAUAUUUCUUAGCUCUAAUGUGCAUUUUUCUAAAUAGUUGUUGAGAAAAUUGUUGAUCAGCUAGAGAGUAGAAUUUUUCUUUGCUUCCUUCAUUAGCUCAUUUAAGUGAAUGUUGAAAAACCAAAACAAGUUAUUUUGACAGGAAAAUUGUGAUUUUUGUUUUCAGUUCUCUGCUUCUUAAUAGUAAUUUGAUGCCUUUACUGUGUUUGAAGAUAAUCUAGUCAGACUUUAAUAACUGAUUUACUUGAAACACCCUUGGUUGUUUAACGUGGUUCUUGAUGUAUGAAUCAGAGUUUUAGAGGUUAAGGGAAUAAACAGGUAUGGGGUUAGUGCAGGAAAGUGGCAGUGAAGUAAAAGAUUACCCACAAUCAUAUUGAAUGAUGGAGUUGGCAUAAGGGCCUAAUGGCAUUCUCCUGUUUCUAUUUAUGUCUCCAUGAAAUUUCAGAUUUAAUCAGUCUAUUUUUAAAUAUCUCUUUUGGUUUGCAUAAUAUCAAACCUCAGUAUAACUACCUGACAUGCUUUGUGCUUCUCUUACUUUGGUUUAAUUAAAAUUGAUUAAUUCAUGGGCCUUCCAUCAGUUAUUUAGCUAUUUGAGGGUAUGGUAAGCUGCAGUUUACAAAAUUGUUUUCCAUUUCCUAACAACUGAUAAUGGAAAAUCCAGGUUAAUAUUGGUCUUUAUCACACAAUGGUGCAAAAUUGGUGCCAAAGUGAAUCUUCUUUUGACUCCAACUCUUGAGGAUACUGUUGAUUAGAAACCUUUUGCACCACCUACUGCUAGAUUCAGGCUAACAUGCAACUGAUGUUAAUAGUCUGCCAUGUAUUUCUGUAACAUUCAAAGUUCACAUAUGCCAUAUUUUCAGCUAAGACCGAGCACAAAUUGGUAUUCCUCUUGGUAGCUACCUUGCCAAAAUUAGAAGUCUCUACUAGUAUAAGGAGAGACUCUCUUGAAAUAUCUUGAUAAUUCCUUUUAACUUAAAUGUUUUCUACCUGCCAGGAAUACAAAAUAAUAUUUAAAUAUUAUUUAGAUUAAAUUGCUUUAUAGAGAUCUCUCAUAAGAGACAACCAGUGCUCAGCAUAAUGUAAAUAUUUUUUUGUGUCCUUCAUUGAACUUCCAUUUGCUUAAUAUGUGCUCAGUGAAGUGUCAAAAAUAUGGUACACUAAUUGCACUCUUUUUUAAAUUGCACUGUAAAGCCACAUCAAAUUUAUUCCAUCUACAAACAUUCUAUUGAGAUGUCUCUACAAAUUUACAGUCUUGGAAGGGGAUUAAAUCAGUCACUUUAUUUAUAAUAUUUUCUAUCAAUUGCAUUAUUUGAUGUUAUGUCAGUGAUAACUCCAUUGAACAAGUAGUAAAUGAAACUCAAACAAUCUUCCUUCUUCAUCUUUUGUAUUAAGCCCACUUAAUAGGUAUUUACAACUAAACAACCUAAUCAAUUAUCUUUGUAAAGGAUACAAAUUUAAUUGGCUUAUAGCCCAUGACAGAUGAUCAUUUUCUGCAUAAUAAUAUUGCUUGGCUUGUUUUAAUUUACUACCAAACUGCAGUACGUUAAUAGUAAUGUUAGGUUACAUAUCUUUUGGGCUGCCUUGAUUCUUUGAGUGCUAGCAUCAUUACAUGCUGUAGAAAUAAAUUGAAGUUAUCAACAAGGGAAAUCAUGCAUAUCAUUACAGUAAAUCUUUCAAAAUAGUCAUUUUUUUUCCUUCAGAAAGCAUAAAACAAUAUAAUUAACUAAACUUGUCCAAAAUAUAUAUCCAUAAGGGAAAAUUGAAGUGGUUGUCUGACAGUUUAAGGCAUGAGGAAAACUUUCACCCAAAGAAUAAAGGCAGCUAUUUUCAUCAUUCAUAUUUUCUCGAAUGAAAUGUAAAUGUCACAUUUUAUCAGGUAUUUUGUCCUCAGCAAAAAAACAGAAAUUCAUUACAUAAUGCUUAAAUUUAUGAAACAGGCAUUUUUAGAACAUUCAGACAAUAGCUGUGAAAUUUUUUUUGCAAGGAUAGGCAACUGUAGUUGUUAACUGUCAGGAAGCAAUUGUCAGAUUGGGGCUAGUGAAAGGAGGAAUACACUUUUUUAAUGUUACCUGUGUCAAAAGAAAUGCUUUGAAAAGACGACAACCCUUGUGAUUAUCUCCUACAGCUUGUGCUUACUCCUGUUCAUAAGAAAAUUCCACAGUAAUAACCACAAGAGGCCAUUUUUUUUUACAAAGUGUUCAAUGCCAAUGAUAGAUUGCUACAUGAAUUUGUGUAAAGACAAUAUUUACUGGUAUUUUGUUAUGAAUUCCUGAUAAGAAAAUGCUUUUACCAAAAAAAACACCUAGAAGUUAGAUUAAUAUUGUUAAUAGUGUGGGUGGAAGAGGGAGAGGGUGGGAGUUCAACAUUAUGUAAAUAUUUGUUUUUCAUGAUGAUUCCUAUCUAUGCAGGCACAAUGUGCACAACUAUGCAGAUUGCAGAAUAAAUAAAAUUAAAUUACACUAUUC